AUGACGUCGUGCCGUAUUUUAAGACGGAGCCAGGCCUGCCGCAGGUCCACCUGGAAGGGAACCGCCUGGUCCUCACCUGCCUCGCCGAGGGCAGCUGGCCGCUGGAGUUCAAGUGGCUGCGGGACGACCGCGAGCUCACCGCCUACAGCGGCGAGUACAGACAUGGGCGAGUUCGUGGACGCGGCGCAGAGGAACACGGUCCCGCAGGGGCAGGCGGCGGUGCUCCGCUUCCCGCCCAUCAGCAGCCACCCCCGGCCGCAGGUGACCUGGUUCAGAGAGGGACACAAGAUCAUCCCCAGCAGCCGAAUAGCCAUCACGCUGGAGAAUCAGCUGGUGAUCCUGGCGGCGGAGGCAGGCGACGCGGGGGCCUACUACGCGCAGGCCGUCAACGAGAGGACCGGAGAGAACAGGACCAGCCCGCCCGUCCUCCUGAGCGUGACCAGCGACGUCGGCGCGCCCGGAGCCGUGGCCCCCGUCAUCGUGGUCCCCCCGGGCAACAGGAGCGUGGUGGCCGGGUCCAGCGAGGUCACCUUGGAGUGCAUAGCAAACGCCAGGCCGCUGGAGGACCUGCGCGUGAGCUGGGAGAGGAACGGCGUGACCGUCACCAGCGGGCUCCGCAGCUUCGGGAGGCGCCUCACCGUCAGCAGCCCCACGUCCCGGGACUCCGGGGAGUACGUCUGCCAGGCGGCGCUGGCCGGCAGCGCGUCCGCGCCCGCGAGAGCGCGAGCCUUUCUCUCCAUCACAGAGCCGCCGUACUUCACCGCAGAGCCCGAGAGCCGGAUUUCGGCGGCCGUGGAGGCGUCCGUGGACCUCGCGUGCGGCGCCAUGGGGGUCCCGCUGCCCGCGCUGCAGUGGUACAAGGACGCGGCGCGCAUCGGCCCGUUGCAGCACCCCCGCUACCAAGUGCUCCCGGGCGGGGGCCUGCGCGUCCAGAAGCUGCGUCCCGACGACUCGGGGGUCUUCCAGUGCUUCGCCAGCAACGCAGGAGGCGAGGUCCAGACCUCCACCUACCUGGACGUCACCAAUGUCGCGCCGGCGUUCGCUCAGCCUCCGGUGGACACCACCGUCACCGACGGGACGGCUGCCACCCUGCGGUGCGGGGUGUCCGGGGCCCCGAAACCCGCCAUCACGUGGAGGAGAGGAAACCACACGCUGGCCAGCGGCUCCGUGCGGAUCCCCCGGUUCACGCUGCUGGAGUCCGGGGGUCUGCGGAUCGCCCCCGUCUCCGUCCAGGACGCUGGCAACUACACCUGCUACGCCGCCAACGCGGAGGGCGCCCUGAGCGCGUCGGCCACGCUCACCGUGUGGAACCGGACCUCCAUCGUCCACCCUCCGGAGGACCGCGUGGUGAUCAAGGGGACCACGGCCACGCUGCGCUGCGGGGCCGCUCACGACCCCCGCGUCUCCCUCCGCUACGUCUGGAAGAAGGACGACGUGGUCAUCAGCCCGUCCAGCAGCUCCAGGGUCGUGCUGGAGAGGGACGGCUCCCUGCUCAUCAGCCAGACGUGGUCGGGGGACAUCGGGGACUACACCUGCACCGCCGUCUCCGAAGGGGGCAGUGACGCCCGGUCGGCCCGCCUGGAGGUGAUUGAGCUGCCGCACGCCCCGCAGAACCUGCUGGCCAGCCUGAACGCCUCCCGCAGCCACGCGGUGCGGCUGUCCUGGGUCCGGCCCUUUGACGGGAACAGCCCGGUGCUGCACUACAUCGUGGAGCUGUCGGAGAACAACUCGCCGUGGAAGGUGCACCUGUCCAACGUGGGCCCCGAGAUGACCGGCGUCACCGUGCGCGGCCUGACUCCCGCUCGCACCUACCAGUUCCGGGUGUGCGCCGUGAACCAAGUGGGCAAGGGCCAGUACAGCGCGGAGACCAGCAGGUUGGUGCUGCCCGAGGAGCCGCCCAGCGCGCCCCCGAAGAACAUCGUGGCCAGCGGGCGCACCAACCAGUCCAUCAUGGUGCAGUGGCAGCCGCCCCCCGAGACAGAGCACAACGGGGUGCUGCGGGGGUACAUCCUCAGGUACCGCCUGGCCGGCCUGCCCGGGGAGCACCAGCAGCGGAACAUCACCAGCCCCGAGGUCAACUACUGCCUGGUGACCGAGCUGAUCAUCUGGACGCAGUACGAGAUCCAGGUGGCCGCCUACAACGGGGCCGGCCUGGGCGUCUUCAGCAGGGCGGUGACCGAGUACACCUUGCAGGGAGUGCCCACCGCGCCCCCGCAGAACGUGCAGGCGGAAGCUGUGAACUCCACGGCCAUCCGGCUCCUGUGGAGCCCCCCGCCGCAGCAGUUCAUCAACGGCAUCAACCAGGGGUACAAGCUCCUCGCGUGGCCCGCCGACGCCCCCGAGGCGGUCACCGUGGUCGCCGUGGCUCCAGACUUCCACGGAGUGCACCACGGGUACAUAACCAGCCUGAGGAAGUUCACCGCCUACCUCACGUCGGUGCUGUGCUUCACCACGCCGGGGGACGGGCCGCCCAGCACGCCGCAGCUCGUCCGGACCCACGAGGACAAGCCGGGAGCUGUGGGGCACCUGAGCUUCACGGAGAUUCUGGACACGUCCCUCAAGGUCAGCUGGCAGGAGCCCCUGGAGAAGAACGGCGUCAUCACAGGCUACCGGGUCUCCUGGGAGGCGUACGGCCGGAGCGACUCCCGGCUCACGGACACGCUCAACAGCACCACACGCGAGUACACGAUCCGGGGGCUGUCCGCUCGCACCACCUACACCAUCGACGUGGCCGCUCGCACCGCCGCGGGCGCCGGCCUGGCCAGCUCGUCCACCAUCUCCUCCGGCGUGCCCCCAGAGCUUCCUGGUGCCCCGUCGAACCUGGUCAUUUCCAACAUCAGCCCCCGCUCGGCCACCCUGCAGUUCCGCCCGGGCUAUGACGGGAAGACGUCCAUCUCCAGAUGGGUCGUGGAGGGGCAGGUGGGGGCCGUCGGGGAUGAGGAGGAGUGGGUGCGCCUGUACGAGGAGGAGAGCGAGCCGGGCACCCAGACGCUGGAGGUCCCGAACCUCACGCCCUACACGUACUACAGGUUCCGGAUGCGGCAGGUGAACGUGGUCGGUGCCAGCCCCGCCAGCCCGUCCUCCCGGGUCAUCCAGACGCUGCAGGCGCCUCCCGACGUGGCUCCCUCCGGCGUCACCGUCCGGACCGCCAGCGAGACCAGCCUGCGGCUGCGCUGGGUGCCCCUGCCGGACUCCCAGUACAACGGGAACCCCGAGUCAGUGGGCUACAGGGUGCGGUACUGGCGCGCGGACCUGCAGCCGCCCGGGCUGGCACGCGUCCUCAGCGACCGGCUGGAGAGGGAGUGCACCAUCGAGGAGCUGGAGGAGUGGACGGAGUACGAGCUGCAGAUGCAGGCCUUCAACGCCGUGGGCGCCGGGCCCUGGGGCGAGGUGGUGCGGGGGCGUACCCGGGAGUCAGUGCCUUCGGCCGCCCCUGAAAAUGUGUCCGCCGUGGCGGUCAGCUCGACCCAGAUUUUACUGACGUGGGCCUCGGUGCCCGAGCAGGACCAGAACGGCCUCAUUUUGGGCUACAAGAUCCUGUUCCGGGCCAAGGACCUGGACCCGGAGCCGGGCAGCCACGUGGUGCGCGGGAACCAGACGCAGUCGGCGCUCCUGGCGGGCCUGCGCAAGUUCACGCUGUACGAGCUGCAGGUGCUGGCCUUCACGCGCAUCGGCAACGGGGUCCCCAGCACGCCCCUGGUGCUGGAGCGCACCAAGGACGACGCCCCGGGUCCCCCGGUGAGGCUGGUGUUCCCAGAGGUGCGGCUCACGGCCGUGCGGAUCGUGUGGCAGCCGCCAGAGCAGCCCAACGGCAUCAUCCUGGGCUACCAGAUCGCCUACCGCCUGGCCAGCAGCAGCCCCAACACCUUCACCACAGUGGAGGUCGGCGCCACCGUCCGGCAGUUCACGGCCACGGAGCUGGCCCCCGAGUCGGCGUACCUCUUCCGGCUGUCCGCCAAAACCAGGCAGGGCUGGGGGCAGCCCCUGGAGGCCACCGUCAUCACCACGGAGAAGCGAGAGCGGCCGGCGCCUCCCCGGGAGCUGCUGGUGCCCCAGGCAGAAGUGACGGCCCGGAGCCUCCGCCUCCAGUGGGUCCCGGGCAGCGACGGGGCCUCCCCCAUCCGCUACUUCACCGUGCAGGUGCGGGAGCUGCCCGCCGGCCAGUGGCAGACCUACUCCUCGUCCGUCAGCCACGAGGCCACGGCCUGCGUGGUCGAAAGGCUGAGGCCCUUCACCUCCUAUAAGCUGCGCCUGAAGGCCACCAACGACAUUGGGGACAGCGACUUCAGUGCAGAGACCGAGGCGGUGACCACACUGCAGGACGUUCCGGGGGAGCCCCCAACCUGCGUCUCGGUGACGCCCCACACCACGUCCUCCGUCCUGGUCCAGUGGCAGCCGCCGCGGGACGAGAGCCUCAACGGCCUGCUGCAGGGCUACAGGAUCUACUACCGGGAGCUGGAGUCCGAGGCGGCCGCGGCCGCUGAGCCCAGGACGCUCAGAACGCCCUCCUCGCUGCGCACCGAGCUCCCGGCCCACGGCAGCUUCAAGACCGUGAACAGCAGCUCCGCGGUGACCACGUACGAGCUCAUGCAUCUGAAGAAGUACCGGCGCUACGAGGUGGCCCUGACGGCCUACAACAUCAUCGGCGAGAGCCCGGCCACCGUGCCGGUGGAGGUGUUUGUCGGCGAGGCCGCCCCGGCCAUGGCCCCGCAGCGCGUGCAGGUGAACCCGCUCACGGCCAGCCAGCUGGAGGUCACCUGGGACCCGCCGCCGCCCGAGAGCCAGAACGGGAACGUCCAGGGCUACAAGGUGUACUACUGGGAGGCAGACAGCCCCAACGACACGGAGAAGAUGAAGGUGCUGUUCCUGCCGGAGACCGCGGUGAGGCUGAAGAACCUGACCAGCCACACGCAGUACCUGCUCAGCAUCUCCGCCUUCAACGCCGCCGGAGAUGGGCCCCGCAGCGACCCCCGGCCCGGGCGCACGCUUCAGGCCGCGCCCGGGAUCCCCAGCUUUCUGGCCUUCUCCGAAGUAACCUCCACCACGCUCAACGUCUCCUGGGGCGAGCCGGCCGCCGCCAACGGCGUCCUGCAGGGCUACCGCGUGGUGUACGAGCCCUUGGCGCCCGUGCAAGGGGUGAGCAAGGUGGUGACCGUGGACGUCGCCGGGAGCGGGCCACGCUGGCUGAAGGUGCGGGACCUCACCAGGGGCGUGACCUACUUCUUCCGCGUCCAGGCGCGCACCAUCGCCUACGGGCCCGAGCUGCGGGCCAACGUCACGGCCGGGCCGGCCGAGGGUUCCCCGGGGUCCCCGAGAGACGUCCUGGUCACCAAGUCAGCCUCCGAGCUGACGCUGCAGUGGACGGCGGGGAAUGCGGGCCGGGCGCCCACCACGGGCUACGUCAUCGAGGCCAGGCCCUCAGACGAAGGCCUGUGGGACGUGUUCGUGAAGGACGUUCCUCGCGGCGCCACGUCCUACAGCAUCAGCCUGGACAGGCUCCGGCCCGGAGUGACCUACGAGUUCCGGGUGGCAGCCGUGAACCAGCUGGGCUACGGGGAGCCCAGCCGCCCGUCCGCAGCCGUGUCAGCGCAAGCGGACGCCCCGUUCUACGCCGAGUGGUGGUUCCUGCUGGUGCUGGCGCUGUCCUGCCUGGUCGUCGUGCUGCUGGCCGCGUUCGCCCUGGUCCUGCGCGGGCAGAGCCGGAGAUACAGGAGCUGCGGCACAGGUAAGGGCCUCUCCCACGUGGAGGAGUCCGUGACCCUGGAUAACGGGGGCUUCGCUGCCUUGGAGCUCAACAGCCGGCACCUCAGUGUCAAGAACACCUUCUCGAAGAAGAACGGGACCAGGUCCCCGCCCCGGCCGAGCCCCGGGGGGCUGCACUACUCGGACGAGGACAUCUGCAACAAGUACAACGGCGCCGCGCUGGCCGAGAGCAUGACCCUGCAGGAGAAGUCGGUGGACGCGUCCGAGUCCGAGGGCACCGACUCGGAGUCCGAGGACGCGCCGCCCCCGCACUCCUUCGUCAACCACUACCUGAGCGACCCCACCUACUGCGGCUCCUGGAAGCGGCGGGCGCCAGGCGGGCGCGCGGCCCCGCACCGGUACGAGGCGGUGGCGGCGGCCGAGGCCCCGCCCCUGCACACGGUGGUGACCACGCAGAGCGCCGUGUUCGCGCCCGCGGGCCUCGGCGCCCGGACUCCGCUCACCGGCUUCUCGUCCUUCGUGUGACCGGCCUUGGCCGGGGCGACCGCGCCGACCCUCGGACCGCCGUCCGCAGCGACUGAGCUCAGGCUCCUGUUCGCCGAGACCCGCAGGCGGAGGCCUCGCCUGCUCGGGAACGCUAGGUUUCAGUUCGGAAGGUUUUUUUAACGGCUUUUUGUAACAUCGCCACGGGCAGCGGGCCUCUUUGUUUUCUUUUCUUUUUACGAGAAGGCGCAUUUCACAGUGCGACGGCUGGGCACCCGGACCCCGCAGGCCCCAGGCCACGCUCUCCAUCCGCUGGGCCAGGAGGCGGGAAGGGAGGAGGAGCCGGAGGGUCCCGCGCGACCCCCGCCUGCCUCCAGGCCACCGGUCUCUUCUCUACCUCCUGGGCCUCCUGACCGGACACCCAGUGGCCCCCCGGCCCUGUGGC